ACCCGAACAUCCAGUCUGACUGGAGACAGCCGGAUGCCCUCUGACCCCGGGCCCGAGGCGGGCAGUGGCUGGCCGGGCCUCCUCAUGUCCUGCCUGAAGGGCCCCCAUGUCAUCCUCAAGAUGGAGGCCAUGAAGAUUGUCCACCCUGAAAAGUUCCCUGAGCUACCGGCUGCCCCCUGCUUCCCGCCUGCUCCCCGGCCCACCCCAACUCUGGCACCCAAGCGUGCCUGGCCCUCAGACACAGAGAUCAUUGUCAACCAGGCAUGUGGGGGGGACAUGCCUGCCUUGGAAGGGGCACCCCAUACCCCGCCGCUGCCGCGGCGGCCCCGUAAGGGAAGCACAGAGCUGGGGUUUCCCCGUGUAGCCCCAGAGGAUGAGGUCAUUGUGAAUCAGUACGUGAUUCGGCCCGGCCCCUCGGCCUCGGCGGCUUCUUCGGCAGCGGCAGGCGAGCCCCUGGAGUGCCCCACCUGUGGGCACACCUACAACGUCACCCAGCGGCGGCCCCGUGUGCUGUCCUGCCUGCACUCUGUGUGUGAGCAGUGCCUGCAGAUUCUCUACGAGUCCUGCCCCAAGUACAAGUUCAUCUCCUGCCCCACCUGCCGCCGCGAGACUGUGCUCUUCACCGACUACGGCCUGGCCGCGCUGGCUGUCAACACAUCCAUCCUGAGCCGCCUGCCGCCGGAGGCGCUGACAGCCCCAUCCGGGGGUCAGUGGGGGGCUGAGCCCGAGGGCAGCUGCUACCAGACCUUCCGGCAGUACUGUGGGGCCGCGUGCACCUGCCACGUGCGGAACCCACUGUCCGCCUGCUCCAUCAUGUAGUAGUGCCUGCCCGCCCGCCACUGCCCGCUGAGCCUCACUCGCCGCUUCUUCAGGGACCCAGCCCUGCCCUGCCACCCGCUGACCCUUCCUUCCCCACCAUGGCUUCUGGCCCCACCCCAAGUGGCAUUGUCGCUGCAGCCAACUUUGCCAUUAAAACUCUUUGCCAAAGUUUGCACCUGU